CGAGAAUUCUACGAGGUCAACGACGACAACCGACGACGCCGCCGCCAAUCUCUUGAGACCACCGACCUAGAGGUUCAAGGACAGACAAAAUGGCGAACAACAGACUCCAAUACCGCCGCCGGAACCCGUACAACACGCGGUCCAACCAGGUCCGCAUCAUCAAGACCCCCGGCGGUGAGCUUCGUUACCUUCACAUCAAGAAGAAGGGCACUGCUCCCAAGUGCGGUGACUGUGGCAUCAAGCUCCCUGGUGUCCCCGCUCUCCGCCCUCGCGAGUACGCUCAGAUCUCCCGCCCCAAGAAGAACGUCAGCCGCGCCUACGGUGGUUCCCGCUGCGCCGGUUGCGUCAAGGACCGCAUCGUCCGUGCUUUCCUGAUUGAGGAGCAGAAGAUCGUCAAGAAGGUCCUCAAGGAGUCUCAGGAGAAGGCUGCCGGCAAGCGCUAAAUGCAUCAUAAAUAUCAAUAAAUGAUGUUUUUUUGUGAUUAGAGGAGCGAAUUAUGGAAAAUUUUCUUUAAAAAAUUUGGCUCGGUUCUAGGGUUCUUUCAUUCUUCAAUGAACAAAGAACGGCGCGGCUAAAAAAUUGAUCACGACGGGGUAAUAUGUACGGGUCGUGAUUCCCAAUGAAUGAAUUCUUCUAUUCAUGAAAUGAGAUUUCCAUAUUUUUUCA